AUGUCGUCAAACGCAGUGACAACUAUCAAGGAGCAGUACGAUGGAGUCGUUGCGAGGCUGGAGGCCAUGGCGACCGACGCCGAGCUUUUGGAGGCGCGGCCAGACGACGGUAUCUUCCUCGACGACAUGCUGCUCCGGCUGAAGCUAUGGGCGGCGGACGUGCAAUACGCCCAGGGAUCGCUCGCCUGGGCCGAGAAGAUGACGCACGUAUCGGUUCCCUUGCGAGAGCGGGUACAGGAGCUGGACCAUCAGUGCGGGAUCUUUGAAGCAGCAUCCGGGCGAAAAGGCGCCAAGGAGAAGAUCAACCCAGAGUCCGCAGAUCAGACGGCGGGCUCUCGGGCAUCGUCAGAAGACGGCAGGGCAUCAGCGAAGCGCGACCUGCGCCAAGCGGUCGACAACUUGGUGGCCUUCACGACACCGAUCAAGGUCGCCGCCUCGGUUCCCGAAGCAGAACGAACAGCGGCGAUGGUCUCGCGCGUCAAUCAGCAAGCGGAGAAGCCGGCUCAAGCUGCGCUGGGCAACCAAUCUCAGUACACUCUGCUCACGAAACCCUUGGGGGCGGACCAAGUCGAUUCGCUUCUGGGCGCCGUCGUUGUGCCAGAAGAACUUGUUGGGGCCGGUGAUGGUCCCGACAAACCGUCUCCGGUGCGGAUCCCGCGAGACAGCGCGAGAGCGCGUGUCGAACAGUCGACCAUAGAGACCUUUGGCACGAGGACGAGGCAAAAUCGAGUGGCUGAGGCGCCUGCGGCGUCAACUCGACUAGGUGCCGGGCUGAGGGAAGGCGAAGCCGUGCCGCGCACUGCUUCAUACGGCUCGACAACGGUGAGAAAGUGGCAGCUGUCGAAUGCGGACGCUUAUUUCGAGUCGUUCGUACAAGCACACCGGGACGACUUGAAGAAGUUGUUUGCUCGGUCACCCGACGCCAACAUCGCGCUGGUUUCAGUCGUCCUAACGGCGCGUGUGUCUGAUCUGAGCAGCCCAGCGGUCCCCUCGGAGUCUGGCCAGGAUGCAGCCCAAGCACCAAUAAGUGGCGGCCAGGACGUCGUCGACCACCUGAGCAACGACGUAGAGCAAGUGUUUGCUUUUGGUUGCCUGAAGAUAUCAGCCGGUGGUUUCAGCGGUCCGAAGCUCAGCAAGCAAGCAGGCGGCCUCAAGCAGAAAUACCAUCUUGUUCCCCGCUAUGAUAUGGCACCGCCUCCGGAUGGACGGCUCGGCCUGGGCUCUAUUCUCAGCAGCAUUGAUGAUGCUGAUCACCCCAUCGUCGGGCGUUCGCCGAUUCCGAUCACCUCUGGCGAGAUGCGGGAGCAGUCCGUCGUCCAAGCCACGUUCGUAUCAUCCAAGCAGACCAGCAGCCAGCCAGGCGUGUUUGCCAAGUUUCUCAACCUUAUGGGCGCAGAAAUCGAUUUCACGUCGGAAAGAAGCGAGGAGACGGCAUACAAGUUCGACCGCCUAGAAACAGUCUCUUUCACGCCGACGGCGUCGUACCUUGAGCAGACCAUGGCACUUGACGAUGUGCGCGCCUACAUGGAACACAGCAGAUUCAAGGCGAGCUGCUACCUCGUCACAGGACUCAAGAUUGCUCGGGGCGCGGCCGUCAUCCAGAAGCGGAGGAGGGUGGUGCUGAGCGCCGACAUGAAGACCGCGCUCGGACUGCCCGCGACGGUCGGGGUAGGGCCGACGGCAACGCAGGAGACGACGGAGUCGACGGCAUUUGACGGCUCCAACGACUUCAUAUUUGCCAUUAGGGUCUCCAAGAUACGCUCCAGGAAGAGCAGCUGGCUGGGGACGAGGUCGGCGAAACUCACCGUCGAGGACUACACCAAGGGCGCUCUCAUAGGUCCCUGA